ACGAUUGCCAGUGGAGUCUAGUCUUGAUCUGUCAUAAUUCCAUCUCUGCCGGAUUGAUCCAUUCAUUCCGCGAGUCUCAUUUGCUAAAGCGCCUCAGAUCAUUCCCAACCUUCGCACGCAAAUCUGCAAGCGUCCCAGUGAGGGAUAGAGAAACAACCCCUCCGAAACCCACUGACACUCUCCCAGAAUUCAAUCAAAACCAAUCUUGAUAAACAAUGGCGACUUUCCACGGACGCUGAACAGACCAAUGCAGCAAGCACUGGAACAAUUCCGCGUCCGGAUGGCCACGGCAAACCGGAGAUUCAUCCAGGAUCGCGUGGAUGAAAUCGAAGCCCGGGGCCUGGCCCGCGAAGAAGUGAAAUGGCAGAAGAUGGUCGAGUACCGACACAUCUACCUACCGAACGAGAGGGAGAACGGGUUUCCGCCGCGGUUGGUGGAUCUUCCCGCGGCAAUGGACAUGGACAUGGGCCAGGUGUUCCCAUUUCCCCUGAACGGGGUGCACCCGCCGCGACUGCGGACCCACGAAGCCCGCGAGCAGUUCCUGGAUAUGCUCCAGCAAGUCUUUCAGCAGCAGGCGGCGGACUGGGCGGCGGAGCGAGGCCAGGAGACCCCCGGGCUGGUUCCCCGCUGUGACGAGCUGGGCGUGUUCCUGCAGUACGCCUACGCGGUCGAGGACCCGGAUUUCCGCCUCUCCGCCAUCCCGCCCUUUGAGCCGGGGCUGAUGCUCUUAUCGGAGGAACAGGCGGCGUUGGCGGAGACGCAGCCCGAGCGGUACCGUGAGCUGGACCGGGAAGAGUGCGCGCAGGUGCGGGAGUACCUGGAAUCCGACGGGAUUGGCGAUCUCAUCCAUAAAUCGAUGGUUGGCCCGUCGGUCGAGUCCGAUGAUCUGGAGUUCAAGGCUGGUGUGGUUACGGGCACUGGCUAUAUCGGUGAAUACCCUCACUGGUAUAGUGCCUAUCUCUACUGCCGGCAGCGGGAUGAUGCCGUGCGGGAUGAUGCUAUUCCCGAUGCCCCCAAUAUCCGGAUUGGGCGUGGCGGGUCGUUGUCCUUGACGACAAGGGGGAUUUCCUGGCGCCUACUGUGAUUUACGGGCGCAGGCCGCGCUUCGACUCCAUUCCGGAGUUUUUGGAUUGGUACUGUAGCUGGCCGGACUAUUUGGAUGCCCGCCGCAUACGGAGUCUUCGGCGUCGUGCUGUUCAGUGUGAAAGUGAUUGCGAGUCGGACUGUGACUUGCACCUCGCUUGAUGGGCCGAGUUUUGUUGUUCUCUGGCGGCCGGAGAGUAGCUAUGUAUCUGGUUGAGAGGGGAAUUAUCUUCCGAGCGUUGUAGUUAGCUCAUAUGUACCAACCUCAACACUUUACCUUGGAAGUUGCCCCGCGUACGGGUAACUUGGAUUUUAUCAAGGCUUGGGUGAUCCAUACAGGGUAGGGGAACUUUGAAAUAACCUCUUCGAAGAUCUUUGACUGCGUAUUGCACAGAUAACCCUCCACGACACUCCGUAUGCUGACAAACUGAAGCGCU